AUGUCUUCAGGCGGGCAUUCCGAAUCAUCGCUUCCGUACGGAAUCCACAAUGCAAGUAUCCUGAGCAGGCGUCUGUUCAUCGACUCCAUGACCUCCACUUCGUCAUCCGCUCUCGAUGAUACUUUCACCCCGCAGAUGAGAGACAAGCAGGCGCGGGGCCAAGACCCUUACAACUCGGGCGAUGUCUCAGAUGAAGGCGACUUCAAAGACGCUGCGGCUAAGUUCCGACUGGGCAACGGCCGUAUUGAGAAAGAGGACUUCUUCAGGGUUGAGCGCCGUCAGAAGGCCAUCGCAUUUCUGGAUAAUCCGGAGUUGCUGAUGAUGUAUGCUCAAUCGACGGGAAAUAGCGUCGCAGGGGCGCGUCUCCACUGGACAAGAGUACUCUGUGGCUACGAAGAUGAGCCAGAAAACAAGGCGAAGUUCCUGUUUCGGCACGAGGGCCAGUAUUCGAUACUAAAUACGCUGACGGUGGAAGACUGA